AAUUUUUGUUUACAUGUUUCAUUUGGUUCUUUCAAUCUGAUUGUCAAUUUAAUCCAAACAAUUUCAAUUAAUUAGAAACUGUAGAUGAGCCAUUAAAGUAACAAUUAGCUGUGUGUUUUUAUCCAAAAAUGGAAUCAAUAUUUUUUCUUUUCUUAUGUUUAUUUGUUGGAUCUUCAGUUGGACAAUAUGAAAACGAGAGGUGUAAAUGUGUUUGUCCUUCUUUGAGAGUGGUUGCCAAUGAUAGUUUACCUGUUCGUCAAUCAACAGCCCAAGGAAAUCAAUCCAAGUCAAAUAAUUCCAACAACAAUAAAGAUGUAACUUCCUAUAAUUCUGAUGUUAUGGACUCAAAUACUUAUAAUAAUUUCUACAUUGAUCGAAAGGUUUACAUUGACAGUGUUCCACCUCUUAAAUGUAACUGUGAUGGUCUAGUUUUACCUCAACUGUCAAAUGUCAGUUCAAAGGAGUUUUGUCCUCUCUGUGAAUGCCGAUUUGAAUCUCGAAACACUGAGAUAAUUAGAUAUACAAUCAUCGGUGUUAUUACAGUAGUCAUGUUACUCGUUGCUUACAUGUUGAUCCUAAUUCUAGACUCAUAUAUGCUUUGGAGUAAGAUUUUCCGACGAAUGCCUUAUCGGGAACAUUUCAAUGAAGAAAUGCUAGUGGAAACUGGACCUAAACGAAGCUCAACCGAAUCAAUUGAAUCAACAAGUCAACCAGAAUUAUCUUACACUCAAUCUAAAAGUGUAAUCGGUGUAAUUGGUCAUGAACAACACAAAUGGAUAAGAAAAGUAUCAGAACAAAGGAAAAACAUCUACGAUAGACAUACAAUGCUUAAUUAACAACAACAAAAGGAAAACCAAUCAAAUAAAUUAAUUUUUUUUUAAUAGUAAAACAAAAGCAAAGCAAAAAAAACAACAAAA